GACCACGUGUUCGUGAGAUGGAGGUUCUUAUAGACUCUUUUUUUCAGUUCAGUUGGCGUGUCUCUUUCCUCGCCUUUCCUAUACUUCCUCUUCUAUCUAUCUUCACUCUCUACUUUCUUCUUCUUCUUUCUAGUCCAGUAAAACUAGCUACUAUACUCCUAUUUUGAUAAACUAAGCCGACAAAACUAGUGUAAACUCUAUUCACUUUCUUUGCUAUCUUUGUGUCCAGAAAGAAAUGUCAAUACUCAAUGCCUCUGCUGCUCUUCGUAUGAAUUUUACGUCUCCUCCUCUGCUUCCUCCCUCACCAACUUUUUCCAAAAUCCAUUCUGACACAUUGGCUACUACAAGAAUAACAACAAGAAGAACACUAGUUAUCAGUCCAUCUUUUGCAGUGAAGAAGGAGACUAGUGAACCUCUUGAUAAGGUAGAAGAAGAAAUGGAGGAACCCCGUGAGACCCUGUUGUACUCUUUUACUCCUUUGCCUUUGUUCUUUAUGGCUGCUCUUCCUGGAGCUGGUGCUGUGAGAUCUCUGUUUGGGCCUUUUGUUGAGCUUAUUAAGUCAUGGAAUCUUCCUGGCUGGCUUGUGCAUUGGGGUCACCCUGGAAACAUGGCAGUUGUGCUCUUUGCCAUGGGUGGCUAUGGAACAUAUCUAGGUUUCCGUAUACGUUUUUCUGAUGAUGUGGAGGAGAAGGCUAUGGCCAAAGACUUGCACCCAAAGCUUCUAGCUGGGAUGUUUUUCUUCUUCGCUCUUGGAGCAACUGGUGGAAUAACAGCUCUACUCACUUCAGAUAAACCCAUCUUUGAGAGUCCUCAUGCUGUUACAGGUUUAACUGGCCUUGCUCUCUUGACCUUACAAACCACAUUACCUGCAUUAUUUGAGAAUAAUCCAGGAUUGCGAAAUGUUCAUGGUAUCUUGGGUAGUGGGAUUAUGACAUUGUUUCUUGUGCACGUUGCUCUUGGACUUCAACUUGGGCUCAGUUUUUAAUCACACCUUGUCCAUGCCUUGUCCUCUUGGACUCUAUGUCAAUCAAAAUUGUUUAUAAUGCACAUUCUUUUUUGAACAUUUGCUUGUUAACAGUGAAAUUGUUUCUAAGGUAUAAUUUGACAGCAAUUUUUGGAGGAUUUGAUCAAUGAGAUUAUUGUGAUUGCAUGAGGCCUAA